GCAUAUUUCGACAAUAUUUCAAAAGAGAAAUUGGAGGUGGAUAUAUUAUAUAAGCGCGAGUGUCGGUUUUAGGAAGAAAGUAUCGCCGCAGAAUUUGCGUCGGAAAGAGCGGCAAUCGCGCGUCGAGAUCAGAGCAACAAUGUUCAAAAUCGCAAGCUGCAUCUUCAUCGCCGUCUGCAUCAACUUUCAACAAGUUGUUGCAGCUGCCUCUUUCCCCUAUUCUCUGGGAUCUCUGGGAUCGCGGGGAGUGUUUGGUCCGCUAGGAUCGUUGUUAGAUAACACGAAAGAUACAAUAUUAGAUGCAAAAGAUAAAAUAUCCGAUGUGAAAGAUAAAGUGUCGGAUAUGCAAGAUGAAAUGUUAAACUCGUUUCCGGACAUACUUCAGAAUAUAAUCGAACAGAAGGAUGAAGCUUUGCAAAAUAUCAACAACAUGAGCGAUAUGGGCAAGGAAAUCGGUACGAAAAUUUCUACCGGCUUACAGAAGAUCAAGGAUAAAGGCGAGCAGUUUAUGGAAGAGGCUCAAAAUAUCGAUAUUCCGCCGUGUAACAGGCUAUACAAUAGAGGACUCGCUGUCCUCAUGAAUUUGAUAUCAAAGUCUAGUGACUGCUUAUUCAACAAAAUACGAGAGAUCAAUGGCGGAUUUCAAGAUCUCAUUGAAGUACUAGACAUCUUGCGGGAGAAUGUACCAAAACGAAUACAGAACGCAAGACAGUGCUUGCGUGACAAUACUUCCAAACAAAUAUCGUGCGUGUUUGAGGCAAUUAGAGGCAUAUCCAAGCUAGGGAUCACGGUUGCGAAAGCUGCGAAGGCGGUUACUCAGUUAACUUUACUUUACCCAAGUGUCAAAAUGUGUUGUGAGGUGGAGGCUGCCAAAUUGAUAUCAACAAAUUUAAUCGAUUUCAUCAAAGACGCGCCAUUGUGCGUUUCUUCACGUUUUGUCAAGAACAUCCAGUGAACCACUUAUCGAACCACUAAUAUCCUGACAGUCCAUCUAUUAUUAUACGUAUAUAUUACUAUUAUUAUUGAGUGAGUUAGCCGAUACAAUGUUCCUACUUUUUUCACUCCUACUUUUCACACGCAAAACGACGACGUACAGAUAUAUACCAAAUACACCAAAGUCCAAUAAAUGGUAAAUUGACACUGCUGAUGACUUUA